AGACACGCAGACUCCCAGCUCUGCCCUCUCAAAGCCAGCCAUCCCAUCUUGGUCGGGAAUAUCACUCGCCGCCAGCUCAAGGAGGAACAACAGCGACGAUGCCUUACCGCACAACCACGAGGCGUAUGAGAUGGAGAUGAAGGAGAACAACCCUACGAAGAGAUUGCGGAUAGAAGACCCCAUAAGGGCGCACUACGACGGUACUGGGGCGAAGCGCCGUACAUCUACGAAUCCCGGUAACACCGUAUCACUUGCUGUCACACUUCCAAGUGACUCGCUACAUCGCCACGACAGAAGCCAAAGAGAAUCACCUACGCCUCAACUAAGCGUCAUUCCUCAAGAAUCGGCAUUUUCAGUGUCGUCGUGUUCCACGGCGUCUCACAGCUCGGAUUCACACCUGCAUACGAGGAGCAUUGCCAACAUAGGUUUGUCAUAUGGCCAAAUUUCUCCGGGCGAACCGUCUCCGGGAGCCAUUUCGUCCGGGAGAAAUGAUGCAAUGAUGUCGUUGAACGCCUCGCUUCGCGGUUCCAUUCCCAGAGUAACCUACCAGCGGACCACUAGCAAUGACGGGCCUCCAGCUUCUCCGCACAAGCCCACAGAAGCGAGCAAGCCUGAUGAGCACAAGAUCUCGAGGGGAUUCUUAUGCGACUGUUGCCCGAAGAAACCCAAGAAAUUCACUUCGGCCGCGGAAUUAGCGUCUCAUGAAGCCGAAAAGCAGUAUGCGUGUUCGUUCUGCGGAAAUCGAUUCAAGAACAAGAACGAGGCCGAACGCCAUCAAAAUAGUCUUCAUAUUCGGAGGCAAAGCUGGAGUUGCUCGGCUCUGAAUGGCUAUGAUCAAGCUUUCCACGAUAGUACGAAUCGUCCCGGUGAAGCAGACUCUUGUGGUUUCUGCGGUGAGGAGUUUCUCAAAGAAGGGAGAGGCUCAGGGGAUCCCGCUUCGCAUCACGGCACCGAGCAGGACUGUAAAACGCGUGUCUACCAUCUUCGAGAGAUCCACAAGUUCCGAGAGUGCAACACGAGCAAGAAAUUCUUCCGCGCGGACCAUUUCCGUCAGCACCUUAAACACAGCCACGCAGGCACAAGCGGUACAUGGACAAAUGCGCUAGAGAACGCCUGCAUGCUGAAUGAGGAUCCAACUCCGAGAUGA